AUGAAAUCCAGCUCCACCAGGCAGCAGAUCAUUGAUGCGGCGGAUGAGCUGUUUUACGCGCAGGGAUUUGGCGAAACCUCGUUCGCCGAUAUCGCGAAAUCGGUCAGCAUUUCGCGCGGAAACUUCUAUUACCACUUCAAAACCAAGGAUGAGAUCCUCGACGCGGUCAUCGAAAAGCGUUUGUCCGACCGGGAAGACAUGCUGCGAAACUGGGACAAGAUGUCCGGGAACCCGGCAGAGCGAAUUGCCUGUUUCGUGCGGAUACUCAUCGUCAAUCAGACGAAAAUAUUUGCCUAUGGCUGCCCUGUCGGGACGCUGACGAUGGAACUUGCCAAGCUUGAGCACGCCUCCAGCGGCAACGCCAACCGCAUCAUGGGAUUGUUCCGCGACUGGCUGACCCGCCAGUUUUCGGAACUUGACAGCGAAGCUGACGCCGAGGCUCAGGCGCUUCAUGUCCUCAGCUGGAGCCAGGGGGUUGCAACACUGGCGCAGGCUUUCAGGGAUGAAGACUUCGUUCGGCGAGAAGUGGAUCAGAUCCUCGACUGGGUCGGACGGGUGUCGCCGAGUUCCAGUCUUCGGCAACCCGGUCUGGCCGGCAUCUGA